AUGCAGCCCGCCGUUAACCUUGGCGACACCUUCUUCCUCCACCUCGCGCUCCCCCAGGCCGUCGAACGCCACCGUUCGGCGGCACGUUUGCUUUCGGAGGUCGAAGGGUAUUCCAGCCCCUUCGUUGUCGCGCCAGCCACCGCGGUGCGACAGGAGCGCGUUGCCCCCUUCUCGCGGUCGCCGAGGCCCCUCGAAGCCUCAACCCACCCAACUCCACCUCCCUGCACCCUCCGUCGACCGUCUCCUUCGCGCGCAGGCCCACCACGAUGA